AUGUCGGAGGAGAGCGAUAUGGAGAAAGCCAUCAAGGAAAGCUCCAUUUUAGAAGAAUACAAUAUCAAUUGGACUCAGAAGCUGGGAGCUGGAAUUAGUGGUCCAGUUAGAGUCUGUGUGAAGAAAUCAACCCAAGAACGGUUUGCACUGAAAAUUCUUUUUGAUCGUCCAAAAGCUAGAAAUGAGGUACGUCUGCACAUGAUGUGUGCCAUACACCCGAAUAUAGUUCAAAUUAUUGAAGUGUUUGCUAACAGUGUACAGUUUCCUCAUGAGUCCAGCCCCAGGGCCCGACUCUUAAUUGUAAUGGAGAUGAUGGAAGGGGGAGAGCUAUUUCACAGAAUCAGCCAGCACCGGCACUUUACAGAGAAGCAAGCCAGCCAAGUAACAAAGCAGAUAGCUCUGGCUCUGCAGCACUGUCACUUGUUGAACAUCGCCCACAGAGACCUCAAGCCUGAAAAUCUGCUCUUCAAGGAUAACUCUUUGGAUGCCCCAGUGAAGUUGUGUGACUUUGGAUUUGCCAAAAUUGACCAAGGUGACUUGAUGACGCCUCAGUUCACCCCAUAUUAUGUAGCACCUCAGGUACUGGAAGCCCAGAGAAGGCAUCAGAAGGAGAAAUCUGGCAUCAUACCUACCUCGCCAACACCCUACACUUAUAACAAGAGCUGUGACUUGUGGUCCCUAGGGGUGAUUAUCUAUGUGAUGUUGUGCGGAUACCCUCCUUUUUACUCCAAACACCAUAGCCGGACUAUCCCAAAGGAUAUGCGGAGAAAAAUCAUGACAGGCAGUUUUGAGUUCCCGGAGGAAGAGUGGAGCCAGAUCUCCGAGAUGGCCAAAGAUGUUGUGAGAAAGCUCUUGAAGGUCAAACCAGAGGAAAGGCUUACCAUCGAGGGAGUGCUGGAUCACCCCUGGCUCAACUCAACUGAGGCCCUGGAUAAUGUGCUACCCUCUGCUCAACUGAUGAUGGAUAAGGCGGUGGUUGCAGGGAUCCAGCAGGCUCACGCAGAACAGUUGGCCAACAUGCGGAUCCAGGAACUAAAAGUCAGCCUCAAACCCUUGCACUCUGUGAACAACCCCAUUCUAAGGAAGAGGAAAUUACUCGGCACCAAGCCAAAGGAUGGUGUAUACAUCCAUGACCGUGAGAAUGGAGCCGAGGAUUCAAAUGUUGCCUUGGAAAAGCUCCGAGAUGUGAUUGCUCAGUGUAUUCUCCCCCAGGCUGGUAAAGGAGAGAAUGAAGAUGAAAAGCUGAAUGAAGUAGUGCAGGAAGCUUGGAAGUAUAACCGGGAAUGCAAACUCCUGAGAGAUACUCUGCAAAGCUUCAGCUGGAAUGGUCGUGGAUUCACCGAUAAAGUAGAUCGAUUAAAACUGGCUGAAAUUGUGAAGCAAGUGAUAGAAGAGCAAACCACUUCCCACGAAUCCCAAUAA